AUGACCCAAGUACUGGCUACGCUGAAGGCCGAUCAUAUAGAUACAACCAGAUAUGGCCUAGGAAUGACCAAGUUCAAGCAAUUGUGCACAAAGUGGGGGAUCGCCAGUGCGCAGAAGCAGGGUCAUACUAUUGAGACCAUCAAUGCAUCUAUGCAAGAGCUUCUUCUCAAAUUUCCAAAAGCUGGCACUCCGACCCUUCAGAACCUUCUUAGGACUGACUAUGGAAUUAGGGUGUCUCAAGAAAAGGUGCUGACCUAUCUCAAAACCGUUCAUCUGGAGGGGGUUCAAGAAAGGAAGAAGAGGAAGUUCAAGAGGAAGGUAUUCUAUGCUGCUGGUGUCAACCACAUCUGGGUGUUCGAUCAGCAUGACAAGUGGUCCAAAUUCGGACUGUAUCUCCAUGUUGGUGUCGAACCUUUUAGCGGCAAGAUCUUAUGGCUUGUGGUUUGGUGGACCAAUUCCAAUCCACGUUAUGUUACUCGCCAGUAUCUCAAUACUGCACGUCGUCUAGGCAAUAUCAUCCCACUUAUUUCGCAGAGUGACCCAGGCUCUGAAAACAAUGGCAUUGCAAAUGCACACACUGCUAUUCGUCAGCACCUUGAUCCCUCCUUGGCGGGGACACUUCAGCACCGAUGGAUGCGAAGGCAUAACAAUAUUAAACCAGAGAUUGAAUGGUCGGUCCUCCGCUCAACAUGGGCACCCGGCUUUGAGAACUUGUUUGAGCAUGGUGUUAACAAAGGAUGGUAUGAUCCGUCACAUUCACUGCACUACUUGGUGUUCCGAUGGCUGGCUAUUCCAUUUAUUCAAACUGAGCUAGAUGGUUAUGUGGCCCGCAGGAAUACUACACUAAAGCGUGCAAAUCCCAAGAAGGCACUUCCUAAUGGCCGUCCUGACAUGAUAUUCGAAAAACCAGAAAGGUACAACACUGUGAAUUUUGGAAUCAAUGUUCCUAGGGAGGUCUUGGAUGAGGCGGAGGCUCAAUGGGCUCCUCACGAUCACCCGGUAUUUAAUUUGGUACCCCCCUACUUUGCUACCUUCGUCCAAGAAGUAUAUGCGUCAUUGGGCCCACAACCACCCCUCUCCUAUUCAACGUUCUGGGAGGUUUAUCUCCAUCUCUUGGAGGCAUGUAUGGCGCUGGUCAACUCAGGAUCGGCAGGCCGCAGCGUCAAUGAUCUUCUCAGUGCACAGGCUUCAGCACCUGCAUCUGGUGAAGAUCAGGGCAUCCCUCUCCUUGAGAAUCUUACGCCGGUAGAGCUUGGUAUGCACGGAGUGCCCAAAUUGGUUGAAGCGGUAGAAGACAGGAAUCCUGAGGAAGAGGAACAGGGCAUAUUUGCAGAAUUCAGCGACGAGGAGGAUGAAUUAGUAUAA